UCAUCUCGAUAAUUCAUGGACAACGUGCGGAGGAUGUCGGGAGAUCCGCAGAUUCUUCCUCCGAAGGCCGAGACGAUCGAAUUUGCCGACAAGGAGAGGAAAUACCGCGACUCGGGGACGCGGCGAAGGGAUGACGACAAAGUCAAAUUCCGCUGCGACGGCCAGUCGACCCAGGGCGAGGUGAUGCUGGCGAGGGGUUGGACGCAGAUAGCCGACCCCACGGACAGCAGUUGGCACCUGUGGUGGUGCGAGACGGCCGAGGCGCGACGCACGCUCGAGGAGCGGCGAUUACUGCCGCAGCAACGUGUGCCGCACUUCCGCAACCACUACGAGCUCACGUGCAAACACCGACUAGGACGGAACCUCAAGCGCUACCGCCGAGCCCUCGCCGCGGCUGGCAAGGCCGCCGAGGCCCGUAUCUGCGAGUCCGCACCCGUGACCUUCGAACUGCCCGCCGACUACCGGAUCUUCGUCGAGGAGUAUCACAGGCAACAAGGUGCCACGUGGAUAGUCAAGCCGGUAGCGCAGUCGCGUGGUAAGGGUAUCUUCCUCUUCAGGAAACUGAAGGAUUUGAUCGAGUGGAAAUCGAAGUCACAGCAUCAGGGGACCCCGGCCGAGGUUUACGUCGUUCAGAGAUACAUAGACAAUCCUUAUCUCGUGGCAGGGCGAAAAUUCGAUUUGCGUAUUUACGUACUGGUGACGUCGUUUCACCCUCUGAAAGUGUGGCUGGCCAGGGAGGGCUUCGCUCGGCUGUGCGGCCGACCGUUCGAUCUGAAAAACAUCGAGGAUUGCAGGGUGCACUUGACGAACACGGCGAUACAACUGAAGGCCGUUCAGAAUGCCGAGAAUUCCCCUUUGAUUGGAGGGGAGGAGAUAAAAUGGGAUUGCAAGUGGGCUCUGAGCAAGCUCAAGGAGUAUCUGAUAACUUAUCACGAGGCACAAAUGGUGGAAAACCUAAUGCAGUGCAUCGCAGGCAUCAUAAUGGCGAGCCUGCUGGCGGUGCAGCCGGUCAUGAUGCAAGAUCGGAACUGCUUCGAGCUGUACGGCUACGAUGUGUUGCUCAGUGAUGACCUGCGACCUUGGCUGCUGGAAGUCAACGCCAGCCCGGCCUUAACGGGUACCGAUAAGGAAGACUAUCGGUUAAAAUUCGACUUGAUCGAUGACGUACUCAACGUCCUCGACUUCGAGGGUCGCUUCAGCGGCCGCGAGACCAGAAUCGGCGGGCUGGAUUUGCUGUGGGACGAUGGACCAGUUUGGACCACCUGCCCAUACCCCGGGCCUCACCACGAGGCGAUUCCCAACGACUUCAAGAGGCUGAAUAUCUUCCUCGGGACGAUCAACGAUCGGCAGGCUCAGUUGUCGUUGCUGCGCGAUCAGCUGAGCGAGCGGCGCAAAGCCGCGCGAAGUUACUCCGCCGUGGUGCGAUAUUGUUUAAAAUAAUAAUAACGAGCACGCGAGUGUAAACGUCACCGAAAUACACGGAGCGUCC